GUUGUUUGUGCCGCGGUCCAUAGAGAUGUGUGUACAGAGGGAGUGAGAAAGCAGAUUGGCAGCGCCGCUAGGAUCUUACCGAUAAUAGAAACGGGUAAUGUGGUCAUGUUGCAGUGGCUUGGCUUGAAUUCUUGUCGCGUUGGCUGCGUUUUCCUGAGGCGGCUCAGAGGAGCGCAUCAUCGGGAGGAAUAAAUUGCGCCGCUGCCGGAGGAGAACACGACCCCCUCCCUCCCUCCCUCCCCAAACAAGAAUGGGGUCUCAUAGCGCAACACUAAGGCGAAGAUAAACUUGAACCUAACGUGUACUAACUAAAUGGCAAAUCUUGCGAAUUAUCCAGAAGGCAACGCCGCCAUGCUGAUCCUGGAAGCGCAGCAGAGGACUGUCGGAGCUAAACCAGCUUCAAACGGCGGCCCCUCCGGCGGGGAUCCCCCUUCUUCUCCGCUUAACGGCGGCGGCGACGCUCGCUUCCAUCAACACCAGCAGGCUGCGCCGCCAAACGCUCAUCAACCGCAGGACCACCACAAUCACCACCACCACCAACAACAACAUUUUGAUCACGAAAACUAUCAACAGUCUCCGGCGCGAAAAAGUCUCCUGUCUUCUCUUAAACCAGCACAUGAGGACUCUGCUGCUUCUGCUGCUGCGAGCCACACACAGACUACCUCAUCUGCCACUGCCAUGGCUGUUCACACCGGCGCCGCUGCUACAGACGGACUGGACGACAUUAGGAAGUGCGGUUACCUGAGAAAGCAAAAACACGGCCAUAAGAGGUUUUUCGUUUUGCGCUCGGCGAGCCGUUCAGGGCCGAGCCGAUUGGAGUACUAUGAUAGUGAGAAGAAGUUCCGAAGUAGCCUUCGCUCUGUCGCCGCCGCUUCUGCCGGUGCUGCUGCUGCUGCUGCAGCGAGCGCUUCUCCUCCCAAACGCGUGAUUUAUCUCUACCAGUGCUUCACUGUAAACAAAAGGGCGGAUUCAAAGAACAAACACCUCAUAGCUCUCUAUACCAAGGAUGAAUAUUUUGCGAUUGUGGCCGAAAAUGAGCAAGAGCAAGAAGACUGGUACUUGGCUCUCAGCGACCUGAUGAGUGAAGGCAAAAAAGGCCACUCGGAGGCCGACGAGCUCGACGACGGCUACGGUACAGUAACGCCAGGGACCGUCUUCAAAGAGGUCUGGCAGGUAAACGUGAAACCUAAGGGCCUAGGGCAAACUAAGAAUCUCACGGGUGUGUAUAGACUGUGCCUCUCUUCUAAAACUAUCCACCUAGUAAAACUAAACUCUGAGACCCCGUGUGUAAAUUUGCAGCUUAUGAACAUUAGGCGCUGUGGUCACUCUGAGAGUUUCUUCUUUAUAGAGGUUGGACGCUCCUCUUCAAUUGGUCCCGGCGAGUUAUGGAUGCAGGUUGACGAUUCUGUGGUGGCUCAGAGUAUGCAUGAGACCAUUUUAGAUACAAUGAAGGCUCUGAAGGCCUAUGCCGAGUUCAGGCCAAGGAGUAAAAGUCAAUCGUCAGGCUCUAACCCUAUGGCUUUCAUGACCACCCGGCGCCACCUGGGAAACCUCCCACCCAGUCAGACAGGACUGCAGAGGCGCUCUAGGGCUGAGUCUGUGGUUGGCACCCCACCUAGCAGUAAAAGCAGUGGUGCAAGUGGAUACAGGUUUCGCACCUCCAGUGAAGGCGAGGGCACUAUGAACCGCCCGUUCCGGUCAGUUACAGGCAGCCUGAUCCACCUUAAUACAGCCCGUGCUAAUUUAGGUAGACAGGAAAGCAGUGGUGGGAUGGGGAGUCGAUAUGUACGAGCCCCACCAGGUGCCACCUACCAUGCGCGUUCUGCCUCACUUCCGGUGUCUCAUUUCCCCUCCACUACUAGUCCUGUCAGUAUGUCUAGCAGCAGUGGCCAUGGUUCUGUCACCGAUACCAACACCCGGCCUUCCAGCGCUUCCAUCUGCGGUUCGCCCAGUGACGGAGGCUUCAACUCGUCUGAUGAAUAUGGCUCCAGCCCUGGAGACUUCCGCUACUUCAGAGUACGAAGCAACACACCUGACUCACUGAGCAACACUCCACCCAUCCGGGAGGAGCACUGCCUCAGUGACUACAUGGCUAUGGGCUGGAGCCGAGACAUGUUCAGUGGGAGUGCUGGGGAUGCUUCCCGUGAUGAAACUGCUGAUGAAGAGUCACGCUUGUUUAGGAGGCGCACUCCUUCUUUUUCCAGACAGGUGGGGGCAAGCAGUGCAGUUGGAGUAGCUGUUUACCAGAAGAUGACUCAGACCAACUUCUCGCUGGACGAGGCUGUAGCUGAGGGAAGCUUUCUGGGCAGUAAUGGUCAGCUUGCAUCCAUCUCCUCAUCACUUCGUUCUGAUUACAGCUCCAGCUCCGAACACAGCCAGGACCACCCCCCCGCAUUACGGGCUGCUGACUCUUUUAAAGACGACGGAUACAUGCCCAUGAUGGCUGGGGUGGUGCCCUCUGCUCGAGAUACAGAUUACAUGCCUAUGCAACCCAGUCCUCUUGUCUGUGCCUCCCCACAAAUUCAGAGUGUUUCCUCACCUCCCUCUCAGCACAUGGACUCACAAGGCUACAUGAUGAUGCUCCCAGGUGUGAGUGGGGGUGCAGACUCCCCGAUGCCAGCCAGCCCUCACAUUAGCGGCAGAGGCCUUAGACAGAGAGCAAAUGAGCAUCCUGAAAAUGGAGAAUACAUGGAUAUGUCUCAGAGCAGGCCUGUGACGGGCAGAAGAAAAUUUUCUAAUGACAAUUACUACACACUUACCGCUCCUGAGAAACCCAAUUCCUGCAGCUCGUAUUUCUCUCUACCACGUUCAUAUAAAACCCCAGCAAAACAUCGUCGUGAGCAUGAUGAAUACGUUCCCAUGAGUUCACCUGCCAAACCUGCCUACAUCUCUCCGAGUACCACACCCGAGCACAAUGGCUGUAGCGAUAUGAAUCGCCAUUCUUCACGUCCAAACCGCCUCCCUCUUAGCCGGCGCAGUUUCCAUGGGUCUUUACAAGCCAGUGAGAUGGUGGAAUGUCCCUCCAGUCCUGGAGAGUACAUUAACAUUGAGUUCAGUGACCAGGCUACAUACUCGCUCACUACAGAGGACGCUCUCACCAGCCAAAGCACCCACCGGCAGGACCGGCACUCUCCCCUUCCCCAGGAUUACAUGAGCUUGGAGGUAGAUGGGCUUCCACCCAAAAGCCAGUCUUCACGUUCAUCACUGGUGGCCCCUUGGAACCCUCCUACAUACAUUCGUACCAGUGGUGGCGGAGUCGCUUUGGGACAGCCGGAUGACUACACCGAGAUGAGCUGUGGCUGGCGUGAGGAACGUAAAAGCCCCACAACUAUGCUGCAACACCUUAGUGUUUGUGAGCAGAGGUAUCCAAGCUCUAGCACACCUGUUGAGCCAAAGGUUAUCCGUGCUGACCCCCAGGGCAGACGGAGACACUGCUCUGAGACUUUCACAUCUACGGAAGUGACUGGAGCGAACGGCCUGGAUAACAGCGCCUCAGUGCCUAGCACUGUUCCUCAGGUGGCAGAUAAUAAGUGGCAGAGCUCAUCAUCCUUCGACAGCACAUGGAUGUGUGUGGAGAACAAAGUAGCAGGUGACACGGAGGAAGCACCGGGCUUCAAAUCAGACCAAGCUGAAGCAAGUGCAUCUUCUGUGAGAACCAGAAGGACUGUAUCUGUGGAACACCAAAAUGGCCUCAAUUACAUUGCCCUGGAUCUGAGAGAGGACCAAGGCACUGAGAGUGCCAGCGCUGAACCCCAGAUGCCGGCCUCUGGUGUGCUCCUUCCAGAAAAUGGGGAAUACGCCAGCAUAGAUUUCGCUAAAUCUGAGCAAAUCACUGCAGCUUCUAAAGGGAGCGUGGACAUUGCCAAUUGGGACAGGGAUAACCCCAGUACCUACGGGUGGAACAGUACACCUUAAAAUAGGCUCCUGAAGUGGAGCCUGGUAGUAAAGACAAGCUACGUGGCUGCUUUCCUGGAGAUCGGAGGAGCCGCCGAGACACCUCCGGCCCGUCACACACCCUGCAGAUACGAGCCCAGGGACCUCCACUUUGUUUCCUCGUCACGUCCUCGCUUUAAACUUCGCCUCUUUUUGAGAGCGCACUAUCUUCUGGGUUUGAUGUUGUUUGAAGUCGGCGCUUUAAUAUUUUGAUCGUUAUUUUAAAGUUUUACUUUGUAAAUGUGCAUAAAAAGGGUUUUGCUCACUGACAUGCAGAGAUCCCAGUUCUCGUCAGCUGUCUCGUCUACACAGGUACACAGCGUUUACUGAUGAAACAUUUCUGAAUUAAAAUGCAGUCGUUUUUACUUAGGUUUCAGGCGCAUUUCUUGUAAGUUUUAGUAUUUUUUUUUCUCCUUCUCUCUCUCUCUUUUUUUUUGCUGGGCAGGACACACUGUAUGCACAGAUUUUUCAGGGGUUCACCUGUGAGAUAUAUUUAUACUUUUGCUUAUUACUGCAUCUGUAAGUUUACAAGUGUUAUUCCCACAGCGUGUGUGUUUUGCUCAAAAAGAAGUCCCCACACACACACACACACACACACACACACACAUGAUAUCUGUUCUAUCCCAUAAGAUCCCGGUGGUUGUCACGCACUCUAUGACGUGCUGUUGAGCUGCGUGGACCCUAUUCACGGCCCCAGCUGUGACGUGACGUACAUUUUUCGUGUGUGACAGAGACCAACUGUACUCUCUCACUCCUCCACUCCCCCUUUCCUCUUUUCCUUGGUAGGAAGCACACUGCCUCUUCUCCUCACUACCAAAUAUGCAGGAUUGACAGAAGGGGAGGAGCCGGGCGGAGGAAAAGAGGAAGCGUCUAUUCUGGGACUAAACAAAAUGCCAGAUGAGAUGUGCUACGGUCUCGGAGCGCUCACAGGGCCAGCGUAGGGUCAUGGAUAGUGUUACUAUAACCGACAUGACUGAAAGCAAGCUCGUGAGGCUUCCACGUAGAAGGAAGCUCCUCACACAGGCUGACACUAAUUCUGAUAUGAACAGCAGCGUCACAGUGAAACGAAAACGUCUCAGCAUUUAGUAAGCAAAGCUCCGAUCGCUAUGAUGAUCUUGUGAACACGCCCAAAAUAUAACACACUAAAACCGAGUAGAAACAUUACGCCUUCUGAGAGACGAGCGCGUUUUGUUUUUUAUCAUUAUUUUCAUUUUUGUCUUCUCAGUGUUGUACGCACGCUUUGAGCGAGUGCCCCAGUGAAACAUCACGGCACAGGAUAAAAGCUGAAUCUUUGCCUUACUGUUGUAAUUUAUUGUAGGCUUUUUUAAUGAAAGAAAACUAUAGAGAGCAGGUGAGAGACGAAUAUAUGGUACUUUAUCUCCAGUUUGAGAGAGACUAGUUUUUUGGCUUUUUUGGGGGUGGGGUGGGGGGUACAAGAAAUCCCAUCCCUCUCCUUAUUUCAGUAUGUGUGAUAUAACCAAACCACAUUUCAUUUGAUGCUUGUAUGAAAAUAAAAAGAGACAAAAACAGAGAUAUUUUCAUGGUAUGUUGUAAAAUUGUUGGUACUGAAAUGUGAAUGUAACCUCUUAAAACUCAAGUCCUUCGAUAUUUCAGUCCCUUCUGGUUAAGGGAUUCUCUCUCUCUCUCUCUCUCUCGCUCUCUCUCUCUCGUGCUCUCUCUCUCUCUCUCUUUCUCUCUAUCUCUCUCUCUCCCUUUUUUGUAUCAGAUUCACGUCUUAGAAAGCACAGGCCACAGUGACAGACUGUCAAAGAAAACAGGGCAUGUUUAAACUAGCUCUUAAUUUUUGUACAAUAAUAAAAAAAAAAGAAGUGCAACAGAAACGUUGUGGCAUGAACAUCGCUUUCGAUUUCUUCGGUCCUGUUUUUAGGUACAGUUCUACAGUAAUCUGUUACAGAGACUUUCAUGACUGAAAGAGCUACUUUGGCACUAUUUUUAAAAACCUGCCUCAAAACAA